AUGGACCAGGCAGAUAUCCCGGCGCUGCUGUCGCGGCUGGCGAGCGACGAGGACGCGGCGCGCAAGAUGGCCGUGUUCAAGCUACAGUCUUCGAUCAACGACCCGGCAUUUGCAGACGUUUUCAUCUCGACGGGCGGCCUGAUGGUGCUACGGCGGCUAAUACUGACGACGGGAGGAAACACGCUGGCAUACUCGCUGCAGUCGCUGAGCCGGCUGCUGGAGGUGGACAUGGGCUGGGAAAUCUUCGAGGGGCCGACAGCAGGCGAUUUGGUGGAGCGGAUCGUGGAGCUGAUCGUGACAAACCCGCUGGUCAACAUUCUGCGCGGGGCGAUGAGCAUCCUAGUAGCGCUGGUCAGCCACAGUCAGUCGUCGACGGCACGCGGUGUUGGUGUGGGCAUCGGGGCCGGCUCGGCGGCGUCGGCACUGCGCACCAGCCCGGCAGGCAACUUUGGGUUCCGGGCGCUGAAGCCGGCGGUGGCGGUGUAUCCGCAGUUCUUUGAGCUGGUGAUACAGCAGCUGCAGUCGGCGGACCACGCGCUGUGCGCCAACGCGCUGAUGCUGGUCAACGCGCUGAUCCGCGACGCGGUAUCAGGCGAUCCGAUGGCGGCAGGAGGUGACAUGUCCGCAGCAGCCUCGACAACGUCAAUGGCCGGGACGCUGCCAUCCGGUGAGGACUGGUCGAAGAUGAUCAAGCGACUGCAGGACCUAGGUCUCAUCAAGGCGGCCUAUAACCUGAUGCAGAGCUCGGCGCUGCAGGACCUGGCGCACCCACUGCUCGAGUUCCAGUCGCUGACCAAGGUGCUGCUGCGCAAGUGGCGAGAGGUGCGAGUGGACCUGGAGCGGCCGGAACACCGCCGUGCACUCAAGGGCCUGCACCUGGCCAGCGCGCCCGACCGGACGGUGCACCACAACGCCGGCAGUGGCGUCCUUUCGAUCGUGAGCGGGGGUGGGGGGGAUAGCGAGACAUCCACAGCGGCGGCGACAGCAGCAGCGAAAAAGGGCAGCCGACGACAUAACCCGGAGAAGUGGAGGCGGCUGGGGUUUGAGACCGAGAGUCCAGCAGGCGAGUUCGAGGCAGCAGGGUUCCUGGGGAUGAUGGACCUAACGGACUUUGUGCGCAAGAACGAGGACGGGUUCCAGAAGCUGCUGCUGGAGCAGUCGUCGCGGCCGUUGAGCCAGCGAUGUCCGGUGGCGCGAGCCAGCCUGGCCGUGACGAUGACGCUGUACGAGCACUUUGAAGUGGACCGGGCAGACCUGGACGACCUGAGCAAGGACCUGCAGGGACGAGACGGCGGGGGUGGUGACGGCAAGGACAUGGACCGGAUCUUCCGGCCGCUGGUGCUGCAGUGGUCACGGCUACACACGGCGGGGCUGCAGGCCUUCUUCCGGCUGUGGAAGGCGACAGGAGCCGGACGGGAAGACUUUGAGAAGGUGGCAGAGCUGGUGCGGAUCCUGGUGGAGGAGGUGGUCGGCCAGGCCGGACGGACCAAAGAUGUAGCCGAGGUGGAGGAGGAACUGCAGGAGCACGGCUGCGGGCGGUUGCGCGAGCUGCAGAUGGGGCUGCUGGAGCUGUCGUUUGAGGACCAGUGGGGGACACAUCUGCACCAAGUGCGCGAGGAGCUGAGGAUGGAGGCGCUGCAGUUUGUCAAGGAGCAGCGGGUGCGGUGUUUGCUGCAAGGAGCUUGGUUUUCGCGGCCGCUGCCACGACGAGAUCUGGAGCAGCAGCAGGAGACGACAGAGGGUCGGCGACGAUUGUACGAGCCCAAGGGCUGGCGGUUUGUGCGGCUGUCACACAACCGUCGGUACCUGCACUACGCCGACUUUGCGCAGCCGACGACGGGAACGGAUCCGGGGCCUGGACUGGACGUUUUGACGGAGAAGGUGGACCUCAGCACAAUCAGCUCGGUGGUGUCGAACGUGUCGGCAGCGGCAACUGCUGCGACGAUGACGACGACGACGGCGAGCGAGGAUGGCGAAAACAACAGCAGCAGUAGCGAGGCGAGACCGCCCGGGACAGCUGGAACGUCAGGGACAGCGAUGACGGCGACGACGGCGACGACGACGCGACCAGCAGCAAGACCGAUGGCGACGACGACGACCAAGAUCACCGUGUUUGCCUAUGAGAACACCGUGACGACAGGGCGCACAGGCAGCAGCGAGGCCGAAGCAGCAGAAGCAGACACGGCCGAUGGAGCAGUCAGAGAGGUGGCCAUCCUGACGCUGCACCCGUUGAACCACUCAGUAGCGUCAGAGUGGCUGGACGGACUGCUGAUGCUGCUGCACCAGGCGCCCAUCACGGCAGAGACGAACAAGCUGGUGUCCCUGGUGGGCGACUACGGACUCAAGAUCCGGCUGCUCAACGUGCGGCUGGAGGCCGUGUAUGCAGGGCCGCCGCCGGGUGCCGGAGCAGUUCCGAGUCGGAAGGGCCUGGACGACGACUACUUCUACCAGAUCUGA